AUGGGCGAGGAUAUGCCGGAAAGAAGGAAGACCGUUGCGGUCGCAUCCGUCAUUGGUGAGUGUAUCGUUAGCAAAUUAACAAGCAAGUUCUCUAAUCUCAUUAAGAUAAGCCGUAUUGUGGCAUAUUGUUUGCGAUUUCGGAGAAAUCGGCGUCCGGAAGAGCUUAUUCGCUUGGUAUCCCCAGACGAGAAGUCAUUCGCACUCUCUAUCAUGUGUCGAGCCGUACAGAAACGGACAUUCGUCGAUGAAUAUAGAGCUUUGAGCGGUGGGAGCAACAUUAGUCUCUCAAGUAAUUUACUAUCGUUGUCUCCAUUCAUGGACGAGGCAGAUUUAAUGCGGGUCGGUGGCAGAUUAAAAAAUGCUAACAUAUCUUUCGACUCGUGUCAUCCGAUAUUACUGCCGCACAGCGACAAUUUAACUAGACUUAUCAUAGAGCAUGAGCAUGUUCGCAACUUGCACGCAGGGACGCAGGCCACCAUGGCGGCCGUCAGACAGCGAUAUUGGCCGUUGGCAAUACGAUCAACAACCCGAAAAAUUAUUCAAAACUGUAUUACGUGCUUUAAAGCCAAACCACGUCAGUCGGAGGCCGUCAUGGGCUCGCUCCCGGCGAGUCGAGUUACGAUAUCCCGGCCGUUCUCUCGCUGCGGAAUCGACUACGCAGGGCCGGUGAUCUUGCGAGAGGGAAAGAGAAGAAACUCGCGAAAUCACAAAGCCUAUAUAGCGAUAUUUGUGUGCUUUACUACGAAGGCGGUUCACGUUGAGCUCGUAAGUGAUCUCACGACCGAAGCUUUCCUAGGAGCAUUCAGACGAUUUAUCUCGCGAAGGGGGAGGCCGGCUCAUAUGUUUUCCGAUAAUGGAACCACCUUCGUAGGCGCACAAAACCGACUUAGUGAAUUCUACAAAAUUUAUAACGAGCGACAAAUACAAUCAGAUAUUAAGCGAUUCCUUUAUGAUCAGGAAAUUUCUUGGAAUUUUAUACCUCCUAACACCUCUCAUUUCGGCGGGCUUUGGGAGGCAGCAGUUAAGUCCGCGAAGUUUCACAUGGCCCGAAUCAUAGGCAAUGCUCACUUAACAUUCGAAGAGAUGCAGACCUUACUCUGUGAAAUCGAGGCGAUUUUAAAUUCACGCCCUAUGACGCCUUUGAGUUCGGAUCCAAACGACUUAGAAUAUAUCACACCGGGUCAUUUUCUGGUCGGCACGGCUCUAAACAGUUUUCCUUACAGCGACCUAAGCAACGUUCCUGAGAACCGCCUCGUGCGCUGGCAAAGGGUAGAGCAGCUUCGGCAGCACUUUUGGCAGCGGUGA